AGUUGGUGUUAAACAACUAAUUAGUAAUUACAGGUGUCCUUGCAGACUUUCAACUUUGCGUGAAAAACUUGAGUUGUCCCGAAGAAAAGUUUUCUUACGGAGGAGGGUCAGCUGGGAUUGGCGGAGCGACUAAACCGUGCGGUAUAGAGUCUGCCUGAAUAUCAAAGUGACUGGGAUAAGAAAAGUCGUUUCAUUUUUGUUGCAUCUCGUGUGGGGUUGAGACACACACUUUAACUAGUAUAGUGAAUUCGACUGUGGGUAGCGCAGAUUGACGACAUAAAUAAUGUCUAAUCAAGGGACAAGUGACCCAGUCAAAAUAUUGGAGGAUGUAUUUAACGUUAAAAUCACACCUUCGUCCACCCAGGCAACAUUCCCACCAAAUUUGCCUAGCAUUCAUGAUCAGAUUCAGUCUAGUACGGGGGUAGGACUUGGGGUAGAUUUCCGCAAUCUUGUACCAUCGAUUUGCUUUGAGAUUGUAUCUCAACACGUGGAAGGUCGCUUGAGGGAUAUCAAGUAUACUGGAAAUGAUUCUGAUGUAAAGCUCAAGGACAUCAAUUCAUUCAUGACCUACUGGUUUCUGGAUACGUUAGAUCGUGCGUACUUGGAAGAAAGAAACUAUCCAAAGAAAUAUCAAGUGCCUGAGACGCAUCAACUGUUGCAUGACAUUCGGCAAAACUGUACGGAUUUUAUCGGGCUGGUACUUCAAGGAGCAUUUGGAGAAAGAUCCGUAUCGAAUUCCCCUUUGGUGAUACCCCUAAUCAAGGACACCGUACCCACUGGUCUGUUACACGAUUUGGCAGUCAAACACUACAAAGAAUACAACUCGUUCAAACAAAUCUUCAUCCCAGUAUUGAGGGGAUUAUGGCAAAAGAUGAGAUCUGGCUCGCUUAGUGACAAUCAACACCGACCCCCUCUCAUGGCUUUGGAACAUCUUUGCGAAAUUCGAAUUGCUCUUGAAGGAGGAUCUGUUCGCCCAUUUGCACAGCUUAUUUCAGAAUUGGAAAAUUUCAUCCCUGAACCCCAAACUAGGGCUGUAGGUCAUGAAGUUUGUAGAUUGUCUUAUCUUGGACCAUACUUCGGCGUGUCCGUUUUGCUUGACGACGAUCCACAACUGGCGGAACAGUUUUUCAGUGGCGAAGCACAACCGUCGUUCAAUACGGCGCUACAAAAUGAAUUAGAAUUUACCAGAAGAUCGCUUCACAAGAUCACUCAUGGUAUUCUGAGCAAUCAAGGAAGCCGAGAUAUUUGUAUCAAAUAUUUAGCCGAAGUUUUACGCCGUAACUCUGGACGAACAAAAAUGCAGAGCGAUCGACGCGAAAUUUGCUCAGACGGUCCCAUGCUGAAUUACUUGUCAGUACUGCAACUUCUUUCGUUCAAAGUCAAACUCGACAAAAUCGAUCCUUAUUAUCCAUUUCAUCCUAAUUCUUUGGUGGAGUUAAAGAGUGACACCCGUAUUAAAGGAGAGACAAAGGAAUUGGAGGAUUGGAUUGCAUCAUUGGCCAAUGGUAAUCAUUCAUGGACGGAACCAAAAUUUCCGACUAUUUGUUGGUUCUUGACCCUUCAGGCGCAUCAUGUUGCUUUAAUUCCGUGCUUUAGUACUUACCAGCGGAUAAUUAGACAAAUGCGAGAGCUUCAAAAGAUGUUGGCAGAACUGAUAGCAACAGAACAAACGUGGAAAAAUGGUCCACUCGCUGAGAGAAACAAAAAACUGAUCAAGCGUUGGAAGCAGGAAGUCAAGUUAAUGGUUCAAGCGAAACAAGGUUUAGAUGUCGUGGUGCUCCAUGAAGAAUUUAUUAGGCGAAGUUUGAUGUUUUAUUCAAAUGUUGCCGAGUAUUUGAACUCGGUUGUGAUGCCUGGUUUGAGUCCUGGAGAUACUCCUAACCUACCGUUAACUAACGAAGUUCCUCCCGUGUUCGCUUACUUGCCAGAGUGGUACGUGGAAGACAUUGCAGAAUUUUUGCUCUUCACGCUUCAAUACUCUACUGUCAUUGUUGCAGGCGGCUUGGAUAAUUCAAUGAUUUUGUGGCUUUUGAUGAUGCUGUGUACUCCUCAUUACAUGAGGAACCCAUAUUUAGCUGCAAAACUGGUGGAAGUUCUCUUUGUCAUCAAUCCUCAAGUACAAGGUGAUCGGACUUCAAUGCUGUAUGGAAAGAUAAUGGCGCACCCCAUAGCAGAAUUAUAUUUGCCGUCAUCCUUAAUGAAGUUUUAUACAGACGUCGAAACAACUGGCGCUAGCUCCGAGUUUUAUGACAAGUUCACCAUUCGUUAUCACAUUAGUAUCAUCCUGAAAACAAUGUGGGCUAGUCCAGUGCAUCGGAGGGCACUUGUUCAAGAAUCCGGUUCAGGGAAACAAUUCGUCCGGUUUAUUAAUAUGUUGAUGAACGACACAACAUUUUUGUUAGACGAAAGUUUGGAUUCCCUGAAGAGGAUUCAUGAAGUACAGGAUCAGCAGAAUAAUGUGACUGAAUGGGCUGCUCUCUCUCAAGAAACCCAACAAAAUCGAAUUAGGCAACUACAAACGGAUGAACGACAAUGUAGGUCAUACUUGACACUUGCCAGAGAAACUGUUGACAUGUUCCACUAUCUGACUGAAGAGAUCAUAGAACCGUUUUUGCGACCAGAGCUAGUAGACAGAUUGUCUGCCAUGCUUAAUUUCAACCUUACUCAGUUGACCGGCUCAAAGUGCAAAAACUUAAAAGUAAAAAAUGGAGAGAAAUAUACUUGGGAGCCUCGCCGAUUGUUGUCUCAGCUAGUCGAUAUAUAUUUGCACUUGGAUUGUGACAAAUUUGCUGCUGCAUUAGCCGGAGAUGAGCGUUCAUUCACAAAAGAAUUGUUCGAGGAAGCUGCAUCCAUUAUGGAAAAGAGAAGCAUCAAAAAUGAAUCCCAGCUAAGUCAGUUUAGGUCAUUAAGUCAACGAGCACAAAAUAUUGCAGUCCAGAAUUUCAGAAAAGAAACGGACUACAGUGAUGCUCCUGAUGAAUUUAGAGAUCCGUUGAUGGAUACACUGAUGGAAGAUCCAGUACUACUGCCCUCUGGAAAAGUUAUGGACCGAUCUGUAAUUCGACGACAUCUCCUGAAUUCUAACACAGAUCCAUUUAAUAGACAGCCCUUGUCGGAAGACAUGCUCCAGAAUGCAACAGAGUUGAAGCAGAAAAUUUUGGAAUGGAAAACUAAGAAGGACACUGGGGAAAAGUGAAUACAGUCGAAAUUUGUGAUAUAGUACGACAACGUCGCAGCACAUUUCUGAUAAUAAUCUAUAGUAUAUGAAAUUUGGACAUUUUUAUUUAUCAGCAUUGCUACAUUCAAAAUCAAUAUGUCAGUGAUGGAAACAAAUUUGUUGUAAUAACCAACCACAUGUGUACAGAACCGAUUUUGUGCAUUUUUAUACCAAAUGAAAUAGAAUCGCAGAAUAGCAAAUUGUAAUAAUAGAACAGCAAAACUUGAUGUUUAUUAAAGGCGCAAUUAAUCAGGUGUUUAACAAUCGAGCUGUAUAUCGUCAUUUAUAUAUUAUACAAAGUUGUCCGGACCAACUACGAAAAUACUAAAUAAAAAUCUCGUUUUACUUAUA